AUGACGGCGUACAUUCGUCCUUUGUCCUCCAGAGACCUGGAUCGCUGCGCAGCACUAGAGUCUGCUGCCUUUCCGCCGUCACAGGCGGCAACGUACGAAAAGGUACCGCGGCUCCCGCCAAAUGACGCUGCCAUGUGCCAGCGGCUAACGUCGUCUCAAUCAAGAUUGGUUACCGACUUCCAGGUCCUCUCAUCCGCCCAGGCAGCGAGCGUCAAUGACGGCACAUUGGUUGCUCACACGAUUGCCACCAGGGCCAAGUCCACGCUCAUUGUCGACCAGGACAUGGACUACCCCAAGGAUUGGAAGGCCAACCCGAGAGCUGUGGCCGGCGUUGGCCACCAGCCGUCCGGGACAAGUGUCGCGUUGCACUCACUGGCCGUUUCGCCGGACCACCAAAGGCGAGGGCUGGGGAAGCUUCUGAUGGGGAAGUAUAUUGAGCAAGUGAAGCGGAUAGAAGGAGUCGAGAGGAUUGCCAUCUUGACCUACGAUAGGCUGGUCCCUUACUAUGAGAAGCUGGGGUUCAAGAAUCACGGCAAGAGCGCGGCUACGUACGCCGGCGUUUCGUGGUACGAUCUGACCUACGACUUCUCCUAG